AAGGGACAAGCUAAAAAUCAUCACAGUACAUUACUGUCCAUCCARAAAGAUGAAUAGCACCGACACGAAGCAGGCGUUCAUAGAAAGGCUACGAAGGUGUCCGAAACUAGAAUGCAAUUUCUGGUCCCGUCUAAACCCCAGCAUUCGCUGUGGUGGCGAAGUGUCGGAUAAAACGUAYGAGAACGGGGAUUUUGGGCGGAAAGGCAAUUCCAGUCUUCUUUUUCUGGCUGCAAAAAGGUUCGAGAAUAACUUGUUCGAUAGCAACCAGUCGUCCGAACAUAUUACCACCGAGUUAUAUGACGAGGACAGAUUGGUCCCUUCUUUCUCUGACAUUGAAACUCCACUGUCGUCCACAAGUGGCAUUAAACAGUACACGGAACCAAAGUAUAAUAUUCCAUCCUACAACGACGUUGCGGUGGACGAAACUACAAAUUMCGGAGAAGCGGAGUACAACAGGAUCCCAAACCUGAGACCCAUUCGSGAGAAGAAUUGCACGGAACCAGAAAUUGAUCGUAAUUGCCACGAUGAUAUCUCGGCCGACGAAACAAGAGACUACGGCGAUCCGGCGUACGACAGGAUCCCAAAUCUUAGUCCCAUUCGGGAGAAGAAUUGCACGGAACCAGAAAUUGAUCGUAAUUGCCACGAUGAUAUCUCGGCCGACGAAACAAGAGACUACGGAGAUCCGGCGUACGACAGGAUCCCAAAUCUUAGUCCCAUUCAUCAGAACAGAUACACAGAGCCUAAGUUUGAUCGUCCUUGUCACGAGAAUACCUCGCCGGACGAAACAAUAGACUAUGGACAUCCGGCAUACCACAGGAUCCCCAAUCUCAGUCCCAUUCAUAAGAACGAGUACAAGAAACCAAAGUGUGAUAAUCAUUGUUACGAACAGAUCUCGGUAGGCGAAACACGAGAUUACGGAGAUCCGAAAUAUGACAGGAUCCCCAACCUGGACCCAAUUCACGAGAGCAACGACUCUCUCUCUAGUUCUUCGACUAGAACAAUUUCCACUGGUGGAAGCGAACAGGAGGAAUAUACAACUAAUGUAUCAGAGAUGGAUGAUAUUUACGAGAACAUGAUCACUGCAUCUAUUACCUCAUCAUCAUUUGACACGCCUGGCAGGAUCCCCAACCCAGGCCCCAUUCAUGAGAGCAACGACUCUCUCUCUAGGUCCUCGACYAGAACAAUUUCCACUGGUGGAAGCGAACGAGAGGAAUGUACAAYGAAUGUAUCAGAGAUGGAUGAUAUUUACGAGAWCAUGAUCAAUGCAUCUGUUACCUCAUCAUCAUUUACCACACCAACUAGGAAUGCAUGCGUCUCAUCACUCACUGAUGCACUGACGCAACCAAAAAACUACGAAAUAGAAGGUGUCAAUAAAAAUGGAUUCAUCGACGUAAAGAAUGCAAGAUCGCUGAAUCUGUUUGUCGACGAUUACCCAGAAAGCAGUUUCUUUUCUUUGCUGGAGAGUCUCCAAUCAAAUCGUGAGAUCGAGAGAAUAAUCAUUUCCCGCCAACCAAUGAUAAACCAGGAACGGAGGAAACGUUCCGUUGAAGACAUGGAGAAUCUAUUUUAUAUCAUCAAAAACCAUUCUCAUUCUCUCCUGGAACUAGUUCUUCGUAACUUUCACAUGGAAGAUUUGCUGGGCUUGCGUCUUGGACUUGAGGAUCAAUCGUCGAUCGGACAUCUUCAUUUACACAUGGAACUUGGGACUCUGGACCAAGAGUUAGUAGAAUGUAUUGCCUCCAUGCCAUCCUUGGUUGAAUUGGAAUUGGAUCUCAACGAGAGCUUUCCUGUUAGUGCGCUACUGAGAUCUAGCUCGUUGACUGUGCUCGGUGUCAUUUCUACUAGAUUUCACUUUGAGUCGAAUGAUGUUCUACGUUUGGCGAGAAGCUUACGAACGAAUUCGGCCUUGAAGGUUUUAGAUCUUGAGCCGCGCAUUCCGAGAUGGUGCCUAGGUUCCAUGAUGGCGUCUCUUCGAUUCUCACACUGCACCAAACUGGAAGUCUUUCUUUUUUCUUGUCACACUGACAAUGAGGAGCAAGGCGAUUCUUGCAUGGCCGAAUUGGUGAAGACAAUUGAGUCUGAUACUUGCCUCCGCGUGUUAUGGAAUCAUUCCUACAAAUCAUUUUCAAUCAGCAGUGAAAACAGAUCAAAGUCUUUGUUGGCAAUGAGAUGUAAUACAUCUUUAGAGCAAUGUCGUGUUUUUGACGACGAGAGCGAAGAAUAGAUGAAGUCGGCUAUGCAAAAUACGAUAGGGAUGUUUUGUCUGUCAACAAUGSGAAAGAWGAAUUCAUAAUAUUUAACACAGAAGUAAUCUMAGAUGGACUUAAUAUUUCAAAUUCAUUUUGCGCACACUUGCRUCGAACAUUGCUGCGCAAAUUUAUUAUCUCWUUCGGAUARACUAAUGAAAAUGAUCAUGCAUG